CAUCCUCUUCAGGAGAAAACUACGUUUGCCGAAGAAAUUACCGAAGAAGAGCGACAAUGACGGACCACGAUUGGGAUAAGAAAAGUACUUCAGCUUCAAAUUCAGACACAGAAAUGAAACCUGAACAACAGCCUCCUUGUGUGAACCCUGGUAAUCCUGUGUUUUCCUGUAUGUUGGACCCAAAGAUACUCCGUACAACUACCUCACUAUCAAAACCUCAGAUGAUUAUGUACAAAACCAACUCAAGUCAUUAUGGUGAAUUUUUACCCAGGCCACAGUUUCUUCCCUGCAAUUAUACUCCAAAGGAGCAAGAAUUUUCAAACUACAUCAGAGCAACUGGACUGUAUCAAAAUAAUAGUCUAAAUACUGCCCCUGACAGAACCAGAACCCUGGAUUUUCCUAAUUUUCAGCAUACUCUAUGAAAAUACAUUUCCUUGAUGAUUUAAGAGAAAAUAUACUUGGAAACAAGUUUUAAUCUAAGGUUAGAAUGCCUAAUUUUAGAAUAUGAAAAUUUCAAUAAAUUUUUUAAAAUAA